AUGGUAUUUGUACAGGAUCGAUUUGGCAAAGAUGCCAUUUUUCGCCAGUCCAGCCUGGCCAUCCACAGAACCUUCCGCGGUCCGGACGAGCUGUUGAGUAUCCUUGUAUCCUUUUCAAAAGCAAAGCGGCAGCACUCGGCACGAGCGUUGCGGCAUUCCCCCUGUGCAGCGCGCCGUCAGCGGCAGGGCUCGACACUGUGCCCCAGGUGUGCUGGCACCAAGCUGCUGUCUGAAGAAGUCUUAGACUUUUCGCUGGCUUACCUGAGAAGCCAUCGAAAGAGACCUAACUUUGUCUUCACGAAGUUGUAUGGCUGGCACACAACGCAAGAUGCGCAGAGCCUGCCGCUGCUUGACCGAACUGUGGCAUCCCAUCUGGCCAAGGUCUUCUCAGCGGACUCCCAAAAUGGUGACAUCGUGUUUGUAGGUUCGGACCACGGAAGGCUUGACCUGUUUUACUUGUGCGAGCAACGCAGUCCCUUUCUGCACUUCUACAAGUCCCGGUCUGCGAUCGUGGCACUGUCUUACAAGGAUUCCUUGGUCGGCUUGCGAGAGGCGAAGACAUCUGCAGAAUGGGAGGCUUUCUUGGACACUCACGCCAAUUUCACUAGGGAGAUCUUUGAGAUGUACGAAGACCCAGAGCGCAUCCUCACUUGGUUC